GAUAGCAGAUGGCCCUUCGCACAGUGCCAGCUGCUACGGUGGUGUUCGCAUACACCGUUAAGAGCAAAACAGGGCAUACUAUAGUGAAUGCGUCUUUUCCUAAGUAACAAUUUCAUUGUAGUCUUCGACUUUAUGAGACUUGCUAACUCGUAUGACUGAGGUGAAAUGUCCUGUGGGUGUCCUUUCUGCCAUUCUCCUCCAUGGUCUGUAAGGAAAGUAACAACUCUAACAGCAGGCCCAGGACCAGUUUACUGAGGUAGUUUUUUUGAGUGAAACCUCUCCCCUCUCCCCAAUCUCUUGUUCGCUUUGUAAAUCACAGUGAUGCCGCCUCCAUCUGACAUUGUGAAAGUGGCUAUCGAAUGGCCAGGUGCUAAUGCCCAGCUAAUUGAGAUUGAUCAGAAAAAGCCCCUUUCUUCAAUUAUCCGAGAAGUCUGUGAUGGCUGGUCUCUUUCUGGUUCUGAUCAGUUUGCUCUGCGUUAUGCGGAUGGCCCACAGCUGUACAUCACUGAACAGAACCGCAGUGAGAUAAAGAAUGGGACUAUCCUUCGCCUGGCGAUUUCACCUGCGCGUGCAGCCCGACAACUCUUGGAGAGGGUGCAGUCUCAUGGAAUGGACGCUCGACUGGAGGCACUGAAGGAGCUGGCUAAGCUGUCGGCGGACAUUACGUUCGCCACUGAAUUCAUUAACAUAGAGGGCAUCGCGGUGCUGGCGCGGCUAGUCGAAAGUGGCACGCACUUUGGGGAGAUGCUGGCUUUUACUCUGACGGCUUUCCUGGAAUUAAUGGACCAUGGGAUUGUGUCCUGGGACCUCAUUUCAUUCUCCUUCAUAAAACAGAUCUCCAACUAUGUCAAUCAGCCAAUGGUGGAUGUGUCAAUCCUGCAACGCUCACUAGCCAUUCUAGAAAGCAUGGUUCUUAACAGCCAAACCCAAUAUCAAAGAGUAGCACAUGAGACUACUGUGGGUCAGCUCAUUGCACAUCUGCAAGUUUCAAACCAGGAGAUUCAGACCUAUGCCAUAGCACUCAUCAAUGCCCUUUUUCUGAAAGCCCCUGAGGACAGAAGGCAGGAGGAGCCCACUAACCCACUAGACCUGCCGCUCACUGAAAUGGCUAAUACCUUAGCACAGAAACAUCUACGGUCCAUUAUACUAAAUCAUGUAAUUCGUGGAAAUCGACCAAUCAAAGCAGAAAUGGCUCAUCAAUUGUAUGUGUUGCAAGUGUUGACUUUUAAUCUCUUGGAGGAGAGGAUGAUGACCAAAAUGGAUCCCAGUGACCAGGGUCAAAGGGACAUUAUCUUCGAGUUACGUAGAAUUGCCUUUGAUGCGGAUUCUGAUCCAAACAGCAGCAACAGCAGUACUGAGAAACGAAAGGCCAUGUACACCAAGGACUACAAAAUGCUGGGAUUCACAAAUCACAUAAACCCAGCUAUGGAUUUUACACAAACUCCACCAGGAAUGCUUGCCUUGGAUAACAUGCUGUAUCUUGCCAAAGUACAUCAGGAUACUUACAUUCGGAUUGUUCUAGAGAACAGCAGCCGUGAGGACAAACACGAGUGCCCAUUUGGACGCUGUGCUAUUGAAUUGACUAAGACACUUUGUGAGAUUCUUCAGGUUGGAGAGCUACCUAAUGAGGGAUGCAAUGAUUACCAUCCAAUGUUCUUUACUCAUGAUCGUGCCUGGGAGGAAUUCUUCUGUAUUUGCAUUCAACUUCUCAACAAAACAUGGAAGGAGAUGAGAGCUACAUCUGAGGAUUUCAACAAGGUGAUGCAAGUUGUGAGAGAGCAGAUCACACGGGCUUUGGGAAUGAAACCAAAUUCUCUUGACCAGUUUAAGAGUAAGCUCCGUGGGUUGAGCUACUCUGAGAUCCUGAGGCUGAGACAAUCUGAACGAAUGAGCCAAGAUGAUUUCCAGUCACCUCCUAUUAUUGAACUACGGGAGAGGAUCCAGCCUGAGAUCCUAGAGCUGAUCAAGCAGCAGCGUCUAAACAGGUUAUGUGAAGGAAGCUGCUUCCGGAAAAUAGGGAAUAGGAGGCGACAAGAAAAAUUUUGGUUCUGCCGUCUGUCACUAAACCAUAAGGUUCUUCAUUAUGGUGACCUGGAAGAACCACCACAGGGAGAGGUUCCCUUUGAAUCACUGUCUGAAAAGAUUCCAGUUGCAGAUAUCAAAUCAGUGGUAACUGGGAAGGACUGUCCUCAUAUGAAAGAGAAGAGUGCUCUUAAGCAGAACAAGGAAGUGCUAGAACUGGCUUUUUCUAUUCUCCAUGACCCAGAUGAGGCUUUGAAUUUCAUUGCACCAAACAAGUAUGAGUACUGUAUCUGGACUGAUGGACUGAGUGCACUCCUGGGCCGAGAGAUGAGCAGUGAGCUGACUCGCAGUGACCUUGAUACUCUUCUUAGUAUGGAGAUGAAACUUCGACUUCUUGACCUAGAAAACAUUCAGAUCCCUGAAGCACCUCCCCCAAUCCCUAAGGAGCCAAGCACCUAUAAUUUUGUUUACCACUAUGGCUGACGUGACACAGAGCAGGUGAAUAGUAAGAUUUAAAUUAGUACAGUGAUGGUCAGGAAGAGGCUAUCCAGUAUUGUGCCCUCUGUAAAUGACUAAUACCACACAGAAGUUGCCUCUCCCCAGAUGCCUGCAGGGACAGCAUUUUACUGUGGCUCCAUCAACCCAGGAUUCAGUACAGAAGCUGAAGUCCUUGUAAAUCUGUUAAAGAUUGCUCAGUCUGCUUUUUGUCCUGUGUCAGAAGGUAUGCACAAGCAUUGUAAUGUGUAAAAGCAGGGGAAGUUCUGAUAUGUAAUCAUUCAAUGUCGUAGUUUCCCUAAUCCAAAUGAGAAUUCACAUUUUCAAUGGCUAAUGGGCUAUGAAGGUUCAUGUUGAAGUGCAAAUGUGGAAGUAAACUGGGGAUUAUAACAACUAUGGUGCGAAUAAAGAAUGUGAAAUAUUACAUGGAAAUAAAAAAAAAAGUACAGAAAGCGUGAUAUUUACUGAGGAACCAUUUUAUGCCAUUUGUCUGCCUCCACACUGCCAGAUAUUAUUUUCUUAUGACUUGGGGACAAAAAGUAUAAUUCUAUCUAAAUGAAAAAGCAAAGCAGUGCAUUGUGGGAAGUGCUGCCCAGAGCUUUAGCUUUCCAUUUCAUUUUUGACAUUUAAUGAGUUUCCAGAGAUAUAGCAGACAGUUUAUGAUUAAACAUGCGUGACUGAAA